UAGCAAGUUUCUGCUGUAUCACCUACAAACUGGGCACUCGGGACCAUUUUAACACCAAUACUUCCUGAGUACACCGCCCACGUCCCACAAUGGCCUCCUCCUCAUCAGUUGGAGAUAAUCAACUGCAGAGGAUAAUCAGAGAUUUACGAGACGCUGUGUUGGAGUUGAGUAGAGAACACAGGGAAUGUGGCGAACCUGUGACUGAUGACAGUGCCAACCUGCACAAAUUCUUCUACAAACUGGAAUACCUACUACAGUUUGAUCAGAAAGAGAAGACAACCUUUCUUGGUCAGAGAAAAGACUACUGGGAUUACUUCUGUGACUGCCUGAUUAAGAUCAAGGGAGCUAACGACGGCAUCCGUUUUGUAAAGUCCAUCCCCGAGCUGAAGACAUCACUCGGAAAAGGAAGGGCCUUCAUCCGCUACUCACUGGUUCACCAGCGUCUUGCGGACACACUGCAGCAGUGUCUCAUUAACCACAAAGUAACAAGUGACUGGUAUUAUGCUAGGAGUCCUUUCCUGAAGUCUCACCUCACCGCUGACAUAAUCAACCAUCUUUAUGAGCUCAACCAGAUCCAAUUUGACGUUGCAGCCCGAGGUUAUGACCUUGAUGCAGACUGGCCAAGCUUUGCAAGGCGAACUUUAGGCUCUGCCUCACCAGCGUUCUUGUGGAAACCUCCAAGUCGCUGCUCCAGUGUCAACAGCCUCGUUAGCAGCUACUCACAUACACAGGCACAGGAGUUCCUCCCAGCCCCUGAGCUGAAUCACAGUCUCCUUGGUGAACUGGGUGAACUGGGCGAACCUUCUCCCUGUAGCAUUGCUGAGAACCUCCGCAUCGAGCUCGACCAGUCCGAGCUCAGACAACAAGAGCUUCUGGCACGUGUGGAGGAAUUAGGCAAAGAGGCUGUUGAGCUGAAGGGAGUCGUCAAAGACCUUAAAGGGCAACUUUUAACUCAACGGUCCUCUGUCCAACCAGUGAGUACGACAGCCCAAAUAACCGAAGAAACGAAUCAUCUGGAGAAAGCCAAUGAUGUUCAAACUAGCAGGGAAACAAUAAACAGGGAACUUCAAGACAGACUCACGGCAGCUGAGAACAAAAACAUGGAGCUUCUAUCCAAGUUGGAUGAAGCUCUGAAAGAAAAGGGACAGCAAGCUGCUAGCUACUGCGACUCAGCCUGGAAAAUCCAGGAUCUCCUAGAUAAACUCAAGACAGCAGAGGAGGAGAAGUUGGAGGCAAAGAGAGAGGCAGAAGACAAGGCCAGACACUCUGAGCGUCUGUCCCAGGAGCUUAAACUCAGGGAGGAGGAGUUGAGGGAAAGUGAGGAGAAGCUGGCUGAAGUUAAAGCCGGAGCUCAUGAUGAGCGGGAAAAGGCCCUCAGACGGCUGGAGGAUCUCCAAGGCGCAGUCGGCAGAAUUCAGGGGGCGUUGACUUUGAAAGAGAAAGAGACGGGGAACUUGAGAGCCCAGCUUCAGGAUCUACAAGCAUCACUAGAGUGCAGAGAGCGGCAGGCCGAGGAGCUGAGGAAAAGACUGCAGGAGGAGAGGGAGGAGGUGGAGCAGAGAUGUAGCAUGAGCAGCUUCCACACUGAAGAACUGGAGAGUCAGAUACUUGAUGUAAGAAUAGCACUAAAGAGCAGAGAAAAAGAGCUAGCUGUUAGCUCAGAGAGAAUCAAACACUUAGAGGAGCAGCUGGAGAAGUUAAACGUUGAAAAGGAAAGUCUGAGCUCUAGACUUUCUGAUAAUGACGAACUCUCCUGUGACCAAACUGAGAACCUUGAGGACUUCAAAACCCAAUGUAGCAGCCUCAAGGAAAUCAAUGCAACACUUCUCUUAACAGUUAAGAAGAGUGAAGAAAGCAUUACAGAGCUGACUGAGAGUAGAGCAGUCUUGUUAGACCAGCUAGCAUGUUUGAGGGCAUCUGAGAAACACUUAAAGGGAAGAGUUGAGGCUGCAAACAUGUGUGUGGAAGAUCGUGAGAUGAAACUUCUGGAUGAAAACCUGCAUUUGGAGGAGAUUGCACAAAAAUUGCUCUCCCAGAAAGACAUAUCUGAUACUCACUUAAAGAAGCUAGAGGAGGAUAAUAAGGAGCUUCUUCAUUUACAGUCUUCAUUGAAGGUACAGUUAGCCACAACUCAACAGGAACUUGACUCAAUCACUGCCAAAGCUGCACAGUUAGACAAAAGCCUCACCAUGUCCCAAAGAAGCCAAGCAGAGCUACUUGAAAAACUGCAGGAAACUGAGGCUAAACUGAGAGAACAGACUGUUAAAUGUGGACUUCUGCAGGCGAGAGCAGAGGAGCUGGAGAGCAGGUCUGGGGAGCUUCACGAUGAAAAAGGAGCUGCAGAGAGUAACGAAAAAACACAAAAACAUCACGAUGAGCAUCAGACAUCUUCACUGGAAGCCCCGCUCAGGCUGGUUAUAGCCGAGGCUCAACUAGAACUCAAUCUGAGGGAGGUGCACAGGCUCCAGGAGGAGGUGGUGGAGCUCAGAGCUCAGGUUUUAGCAGGAACUGAGGAGAGGCUUAAAGUUCAGGCACUACAGGAGGUGACAGAGUCCUCUAGAGAAGAUCUCCGUGUUUUAUCCGAACAACUCAAAGCCCAGGUUGAGGAGCUCAACCGUAAACAUGUGGAUGAGAUUCUGCGAUCACGGGAGCGAGAGGAGGCUAUUAUCCGAGAGCGUGACGGGGAGGCUCAAGCUCGAGCACGACUGGCAACAGAAUUGACGGCUUCUAGAGAUGAGUUCAAUAAGCUGAAGAUGCGUUAUGACACCCUGUGCUUGGAGAACAGCGAAUCCAGAGAGGCGCUGCAUAGAGCCAACACAGAAACAGCUGAACUGGGAGUCCAUGUGUGCAUGCUAACUGCAGAGAAUGAAGAGGCUCGUCUGCGCUGGGAGGGUUUGUCAGCAAGGCUGCAGGAGCUGGAAGACGAGGCUGCUAAGGAGGCAGACAGGCUGAACGCCUGCAUAGAGCAGCUACGGGAGGAGAACCAGCAACUCCUUGAUCAACUUCACAAAGACAAGGGUUUGCUGGAAACAAAGCAGGAGCUGCAGCAAGAGCUGAGCAAGGCCCAACAGGAAGCUGAAGUUGUGCAGAUGACAAGCCAGGAGGAGAUUCAAGAACUCCGCUCCCAACUCAACAACCAAACCAUGAACCAUGGCAGUCUGCUUCAGGAUCUGAAUCGGGAAAUAGAGGACGUGAAAUUCCAGCUGACAACUGAACAAGAUAAAGUGGCUGACCUGGAUAACAAACUCAAAGUGUUGGAGGCUGCGAAUCAGAGAUAUUGCCAACAGAUUGAGGAGAAAAACAUCCAGAUGGCUGAGUCUGAAAAUCUCAUCCAGCAGAAAGACGACGAGAUAAUCCAUCUGAAAGGGAAUUUAUCAAGGUCUGAGGACAGCCUCGCAGCAGCUCAGAUAGCCUGUCAGGAGAUGUGUGAAAAUCUACGGAGAGUCACGCAGGACAAACAGAGCUUUGAUCUGAAGACAGCUGCUGAACUUGAUGAUCUUUACCGCACCAAAAUCAAUCUGGAGGAAAGGCUAGUUGAGCUCAUCAGGGAGAAAGAUGCACUGUGGCAGCGGACAGAUGCGCUGGAGUUUGAGCAGAAACUACGGGAUGAGGAGACGGAGAGGGAUGUUAACUACUGUUUGGGCUGUCACACUCAGUUCAGCUGGUGGCUCCGCAAGUACAGCUGCAGACUGUGUGGGCGUCCCUUCUGCUACUACUGCUGCAGCAACACAGUGAGCACCCAGCAGGGCGGCAGCAGAGAGCGCUGCUGCAGAGACUGUUACAACCAGCACAGCGCAGUGGUAGAGCGCCACCCACAGGAAGAAUUGAGUACCAGCAUACCGGGGACACCUUUCCAUCGUUUGCUGCAGGCUGGGAGGGCUGUGACCAGUGUAUCAGGAACAGAUGAAGGGAAAAAGCAAGACGAUGGUGUGUUUGACAUCAUCACAGAAGAGGAAGUGAGUGGGGUCUAUGACAGUGAACUCUCUUUUGCCACUGCCUGCUCUCCUGGACACGGACAGCAGGGGGCAGCACAGCUAUCCAACAGUGCCAGUGGAGGAGACCUGACAUCAGAAGAAACUGACGACCUCAGCACUACAGUUCAGGAUGCAGAGAUCGGCCUGCUGAAGUCUGGAGAACUCACGCUUUCUGCUCACUUUGGGGUGAAUGACAUCUCAGGGUUUGGAGACAGCUCCCGAGAGCUCUUCAUCAAGUCCAGCUGCUACAGCACCAUCCCCAUCACCAUGAGUGCUCCUGGUCCCACUGUCAGCUGGACGUUCACCUCUGAACCCAAGAGCAUCUCCUUCAGCGUGGUCUACAGGGAGAGUGCAGAGACUCCACUAGAGCAAGCAAAGGUUUUGAUCCCGCUGACUCGCUGCAACUCACACAAAGAGACGAUCCAGGGGGAGCUAAAAGUUAGAAACGCUGGAGAAUACAUUCUCAUCUUUGACAACUCCUUCUCCAGAUUCAUCUCAAAGAAAGUGCUGUAUCAUCUGAGCCUGGACAAGCCUGUGGUCUACGAUGGAACCGACUUCCUCUGAACAAGAACCUGGAGGGUGAACUAUUGGAAAACUGACUCUUGAGUCAUUCAGGGUUUUUAAGCUCAUGAGAGGCAUUUCAAGGCAACUGAGGUCGCGGUCGGCCAGCAGUUAGUAGCCUCAGUGAAAGGUUACAGCAUUUUAAAGAUGUCCAUCUUUGCUGUCUCUUUGAACAUGUACGUUACUCAGCACAUUAAAGCCCAACGGGCUGAAAACAAUGAAGGAAAACCACACUAUAUUACUGAAUGUGAGCAGGCGCUAGCCUUUUAUCAACAUUUGAUGUUGUAGUUUAAAUUUACAUCAAGGGAAUCAAACUCUACUUCUCCUAUUAAUGACUGGAGGUUUGUUGCGCAGAUGAAGUGUGCACAUUAUGUUUGUUUUUUCGUGUGCACAGACAGGUUUCUCAGCAGCUGCUGAUGUUAUUAUUAAAAAUGUUUUACUGCAGAUCAAAGGCUGUUCUUAAGCUUUAGACUGAGAGCAAUUGUUUGAUAACUCUACUGUUUAAUGCUUUAUUUUAGUCUCUUAAAUUAAUACUUCUGUCUUCUAAAUAGGAUUUGUUCUUUAUAUAGAUGAGUAAGAGAUAUGGUUAAAAUCCUUUUAACUGUCUAAUUUAAUCCUCUGACGUCGAAGUUAACUUGGUUUAAUGUUUUAGAGGACUUCUUGUUAGUUGAGAGACCACACAGAGAUGUUUCUGUUUUAAGGCCAUCAGACAUUAGGAAAAAUCCAAGGUUUUUUCAAAUUGUUUGAGAAUAACGGUAAACUUACAGCAGCUCUAACUGAACACACAAGAUAGACUGUUUUCACAUAUCUACAGCAAAGAUAUGCCUCACAUCUAUCUGGACCACUGCCUAUAGUCUGUGUUUGGAAAGUGCAGAACCUUUGAAAAAAAAUCUGGGAGGAUGAUUGGACUACAGUCUGUCUGUCUCAUUCAUUCAGUAGCUGCUGUCAUUGCUAACUAUUAGUGGUGAAACAAAUGCAUGCCAAGAAAAGCUUUUAGUUUGUGUUCUUAUAUUUAAGAAAUGUCCAGUUUGAUUAAAAACUGCCAUUACACUAUACUUACAUCCAAGCUCACCACCUUGUAAAACAACUAAACCACACAUGUGGCUACUGCCUCGUUCUCCUCAAUGAUGCUGAUUGGUCCACUAUGUUCUCAGACCGAAGUUCUUCAAGGUGCAUCUGCCUGCUAGCGGACAUUGAAUCUGGCCAAAUCCAUCAGCUUUGUAAGGUUAGGGUGGCUAAACCUAUCCACAUUUAACAUAGAAACAAAGAACAAAGAAACUCUAAUUCUUUGAUAAAGCCACAUUUUUUGGAAAAAAAAAAACAUUGUAAUUAGAAACUAAGGAGCUGCAGAAAUCCAUAUCUCUUUCCGUAGAGAUAAGGAAAUAUGUUUGUAUGGUACUAACUUCAAAUGCUACAUCAUUGCAGUUAUUUAGAUUUUUCAAUUAUUAACAUUAUUGAACAUUUAAACUGUAAUUCGUAGAAAAUAAUUGUAUUUUGGUAUGUUAUAGCCCUGAUUCAUUUUCAAUAUUGCCAUUAUUCAUAUUCUGCAUCUUGAAAUUCAACAUUACCCACUGAGGCUGAAGACACCAACAGAUAGUCAAUGAAGAGCUAACCUGGUGUAAAUCACGUAAAUCUCUGUCAGCUUUAACAGCAUCUAUUCCAUAUCACGAGAGACAAAAAUAUAUGUAACACUCCAGACAUAUGACUGGAAUCAAAGAAGAAACAAAUGCUGAAAAUAUUUUUAAACUGUAUCUAUUAUGUUGUUUUAGAUGCCUGAACUACCUUUAUAUUUGACUACAGUAAACCUCAUUUAUCUGUGACCUUAACUCAAAGUGUUUUACUCGCUUAAAGUACUGUUAGAAAAAGAAGUUAUGUUACUAACUCUUUAAAUUGGUGUGUUGAUAUAAUGCUGUUGUAGAACUAGUGUUGAUUAGUGGAGAUAACUGUAUCCAAAGCAUGUGCUGCAAUCUGUUUUGAAGUUCAUGCAGAUUUCAAACACAGUACAGUAUGUUAAAGCUUAAUGCCUUUCAGCUGCAAGAUGUGAAAAUGAAAAUAUUUACUGCGAUGCAAACACUAAAAGUGUAAAAGGAGGAAUUAGGAUAUCUCUGUAAGAUUCAGUACCAUGAAACUAUUCACUUUGUCUCUGGGAAACAGCUUUAAUUCUCACAGAUUCCUUGCAGUUGCAGCUGAACAAAAAAAAGAUCUAAUUUUCUAUGCAUGCAAACAUUGCAGAGUGCACAUGUUUCUCAGACAUGAUUCCUUGAGGGUAAAUAAAGGGAGCUCAUAUCAAAAUGUAAGUUUCAGUGCUUUAAAUAUAUAUUUAUUUUUCAUUAAAUUUGCAUUAAACUAAGGGAAGAUAUGAGCUCUGUUUUGUCUUAAGAUUCAUAAAGCCUUUAGAUGAAGAUGUGUUUGUUUUGGAAAAAAACAAACAGCGAUUAAACUAAUGCUUUUAUUUUUAGAGUGUUGUUUUCUAGAUAGAUGUGUUUACUGUUGCUGUGUGAUCUGAUCUAAAGAAGGUCAAGAGUGUCAGACAAAAGGUUUUAGAUUCAGCAUACAGCCCUUAAAUACUCCAAAAAAUCACUUUUAUACUUGAAGUUGUUUUAUAUGGAUGUUUAUUCAAAGGUUUUAAUGUUGUUAUUUGCCUUUAUUCCUCAAUCAGCAGUCAUUUUUGUCAUCAAAAGACUGGCAUAAAAAGUACUGCGAGACUAUUUUGCUAUUCAAGAAUUAACAAUUUCCAUAAUGUCUUCCACUAUUUUAAAACCAUUUUGUAACAUGUAUGUCACUAUAAAAUGGGGAAGAAUAUUGGGAAAACUUUUGUACAUAUCUCAUCAAGAAGGUUGAUUAAUUGCCAAAUAUAUUUGGGGAGACAUAUUUGUCUAUUUUAUUGUUAAAAGGAGUUUCUAUUUAAAGGCAUUGCAACAUGAUUGCUAUUUAAUGCACUUUUCAGGGGGCUUUUUGUCUGUAUCCCAUGAGCCUUUGUGCCAGUUCAUAGAUGUUGGUUUUCUUUUCCUCUGUAUGUAGUGAGUGUGUGAUUGUAGAUGUUACAGAUGGAUCUGUUAGAGUGAUGAUUUAAGUAUUUGACUAAAAUGAUUGUUGACAAGCGUUUGAUUAGAAUAUCAUCUACAUACUUGAGAUUGAUAAUAGAAUGGAUUUAAGUUGUGGAUUAAUAAA